AUGGUACAUCAGUUAGACGCCGUGAAAUUUGACAGCGCUCUGCACACACAUGAUGUGGAUAACAAACAAGGUUCACUGUACAGUGCGAAUAGCUUGACCCCUCAACUUGUGAGUCAGGUGGCACAUACUCUGGGUGGCGAUGCGGGGAAGUUUGCCGCCGUGACUGGUUGUGCUGUAGUGGGCUUAAUAGGUGAUUCGUACAUGUGGUGGACCAUAUGUGAUCGUCAAAUAGAGUCUACGCGCUCUCGAGUAAACGGCGGAGAGUACUUUAGUGAGAGAGAGUAUCCUUAUGUUUUAGACCUCUCUCAAGUUAGUGUACGCCUGGGAUCUGCACAGCGAAAGGUGAGCUCGGAUCGAAAGGACCUCAUGUCAUUAUUAUUCUUUCCUAAACGGAAUUCAAAUCAUAGUGAUUUGUCCAAUGGUCGUGCAGCGUAG